AUGGCCGUCUCCGAGAGCUCGCGCAACGCGCUCCUGCCCAGCUUCCUGUACGCGGUCCCCGUCGCCGCUGGCUCGACCACCACCACUUCGUCCCCUUUCCCGGCCGCCGCUGGCUUCGGUGGCGUCGCGCCGUCUAGCGCUGCCGAGCCGGCCCGCAAGAUAGAAAUGUAUUCACCUGCGUUCUACGCGGCGUGCACGGCCGGCGGCAUCGCCAGCUGCGGUCUGACCCACAUGACCGUAACGCCGCUCGAUCUUGUAAAGUGUAACAUGCAGAUCAAUCCAGCCAAGUACAAGAGCAUCUCUUCAGGAUUUGGUGUCCUCUUGAAAGAGCAAGGAGCAAAGGGUUUCUUCAGAGGCUGGGUGCCUACCCUGAUUGGUUACAGUGGUCAAGGCGCAUGCAAGUUCGGCUUCUAUGAGUUCUUCAAGAAGUACUACUCGGAUAUUGCUGGGCCUGAGAAUGCGGCCAAGUACAAGACUCUGAUCUAUCUUGCUGGUUCUGCUUCCGCUGAGGUUAUCGCAGAUGUUGCCCUCUGCCCUAUGGAAGCCGUCAAGGUGCGUGUGCAGACGCAGCCUGGCUUUGCGAGAGGUUUAUCUGAUGGGCUCCCUAAGUUUGUGAAGGCUGAAGGAUAUGCUGGAUUGUACAAGGGGAUCGUUCCACUCUGGGGCCGUCAAAUUCCAUACACCAUGAUGAAAUUCGCCUCUUUUGAGACGAUCGUUGAGAUGAUCUACAAGUAUGCAAUUCCCGCACCCAAGAGUGAGUGCAGCAAGCCUCUCCAGCUGGGAGUGAGCUUCGCAGGCGGCUAUGUUGCUGGAGUGUUCUGCGCAAUAGUUUCACACCCAGCAGACAACCUUGUUUCGUUUCUCAACAAUGCUCAGGGUGCAACUGUUGGUGAUGCUGUGAAGAAGCUUGGUCUGUGGGGUCUGUUCACGCGUGGACUGCCUCUGCGUAUUGUGAUGAUCGGUACUCUCACCGGAGCACAGUGGGGUAUCUAUGAUGCUUUUAAAGUCAUGGUUGGAUUGCCAACUACUGGUGGAGUUGCUCCAACACCUGCAGCUGCUGGAGAGCAGCUGAAGGGCUGAGGCUGGAUUCUAUACCUGAUUUCUAACCACAUUUUUUUGGCGCCGAACUGGAUGAUGACGAAAUAGCUCAUCCUUUUAAGAGCAGAUGAUUAUUUUCUGGAAUGCUUAGAUGCAACCCUGGUAAUUAGGUUUUCAGAACAGUUUAGGAACAAUGUUCAGCUCAAUAUUGUCCGUUGAAGGAUGGAUUUCCUGGAAACCAUGAGAUCAUUGUCUUUCUUUAUGCGGCAGUUUUUGCAGUAAGAGUUGUACUGGAACCUUGCAUAACACUGUU